AUGGAACUUGUAGACGACGAAGACGUGGAGACAAUAAUAGCUCUUUACUGUGGGAAUUGGAGUGACAAAAAUUCACCGAUUCACUUAUUUGCUGAAUUAGCCGGUAUGGAGCAGAAUGAAGAUAUCACUGCAUAUGGUGAAGAACAUGCAACUGAAGAACCGUGUGUGGUGGCUCCAAUUUCGUACGUUGAUAGUGAAUCGACUAUACGUGGGAUCGAUAACGAUCUUAAUGUUACACCAAAUAUUGACGUGAUCGAUAGUGAUAGUGAUCCCGAUGUGGAUGAUGUCCCCGAUGAUAUUGACGAUGAAGAUGUGAAUGACGAUGGAAACAUUAACACGUCUUCAGUGGGGAACCAGAUGCGACGUAUUGUGAUACACAACAACCCUGGGCCACACAUGUCGCUCAUAGACCCCGACGCGGCGUAUGAAGCUGAGUUCCCAGAGUACCCUGAAAUACUUCUUGCUCACUGGCUGGCCGUAAAUUCUGAUCAUGAGGAGUUAUUGGUAGGCCAUAGAUUUGAAAGUAAAGAAGAGUGUGUAUUUGCUAUUAAACGGUAUAGUAUGAAUAUAUCAAUGAAUUACAAAGUUGCAGUGUCUAAACCGACAUUAUAUAUUGGAGAGUGUUGGAAGUUGGUGGAAGGCUGUAGUUGGCGUGUACGAGCUGCAUUUAUUCAAAAAUCACAGAUGUGGGAGAUACGCAAAUUUGUUGGGCUUCACACGUGCACAUCAAUACGUAUGACUGAAGACCAUGGAAAACUUGAUUCCAAAACUAUCUGUACGUUUAUCAUGCCAGUGGUGAAGGACAUGCCGACCAUUAAAGUUUCAGUUUUGAUUGCUGAAAUGCAGGCACGGUUUCAGUAUCGAGUAUCAUAUCGAAAGGCAUGGAUAGCUAAACAAAUGGUAAUGGAGCAAUUGUAUGGGGAUUUCAAUGCAUCGUAUAAUGAGUUACAGGGAUGGAUAGCCGCUAUACAGGAGUACGUACCUGGGACUAUCAUUGAGUUACAAACACAACCUUAUUACGGCCCGGAUGACCAAUUACAACUAGAAAAAAGAAUUUUCUAUCGGAUGUUCUGGACAUUUGAUCCAUGUGUGCGCGCAUUUCCCCACUACAAGCCGUUUGUGCAAGUUGAUGGGACAUGGCUAUAUGGAAAAUAUACACAGAUCUUACUUCUUGCAGUUGCUCAAGACUAA